AAAUCUAACUCCCCCAAUAAAAUCAGCUUAUACCCUCCUCCUCCACUUCUCUUCCUCACUCUGCAACAACAAUGGAGGCACUUACAUUUGUUCCAUCACACGUGCCUCUGCAACAUUCAUCAUCAUCAUCAUCAUCAUCUCAUUCCUUCAACAAAUCAAAUUUGGUGGUGAAGAAGAAGAAGGGUCAUUGUCAUUUUUCUGUGGUUUCUUCUAGUACUGAUAGAACUGUUGAGGUAUCUGAGAAACCUUCAUCAGUAAAUACUACUACCCAGGAAAACCCAUUAAAGAAAUCAUCUUUAUCUUCUUCUUCUUCUUCUGUGCCUCCAUUGAUGAAGGUAUCACCAGAAUCAUUACAAUAUGAGAGUGGGUUUCUUGGGAGUAUACCAUCAAAACAAGGAAUUGAUGAGUUAUUAGGAGAAGAUAGUCCAGAUUCUAUGAGUUAUUUGACUAAUAUACUUUCAUCUAAAGUUUAUGAUGUUGCUAUUGAAUCUCCAUUGCAAUAUGCCAAGAAACUGUCUGAAAGAAUUGGUGUUAAUGUCUGGCUUAAAAGGGAAGAUCUUCAACCUGUGUUUUCAUUUAAGCUUAGAGGAGCUUACAAUAUGAUGGCAAAGCUCUCAGAGGAUCAAUUGGCUCGUGGUGUGAUUUGUUCGUCUGCGGGGAAUCAUGCUCAAGGUGUUGCAUUGGCUGCUCAAAGAUUAGGUUGUGAUGCUGUGAUUGUCAUGCCGGUGACCACACCGGAAAUUAAGUGGAAAUCUGUCAAGAGAUUAGGUGCCAAAGUUGUCCUUGUUGGUGACUCGUAUGAUGAAGCGCAAGCGUAUGCUAAACAACAAGGUGAACAAGAAGGGCGUACAUUCAUACCACCCUUUGACCAUCCUGAUGUUAUAAUGGGGCAAGGGACGGUUGGGAUGGAGAUUGUGCGUCAAGCAGAAGAGCCAUUGCAUGCAAUUUUUGUACCUGUUGGUGGUGGUGGCCUUAUUGCUGGAAUAGCCGCUUAUGUAAAGUUGGUUUGUCCUGAGGUUAAGAUCAUUGGGGUGGAACCCUCUGAUGCAAAUGCAAUGGCUUUGUCUUUACACCAUGGGGAGAGAAUCAUGCUGGACCAAGUUGGUGGUUUUGCAGAUGGUGUAGCUGUAAAAGUUGUCGGAGAAGAAACAUUCCGCUUAUGCAGGGAGUUAAUAGAUGGAGUGGUUCUUGUUAGCCGUGAUGCAAUUUGUGCGUCAAUAAAGGAUAUGUUUGAAGAGAAAAGGAGUAUUCUGGAACCAGCAGGAGCUCUUGCGCUUGCUGGAGCAGAAGCGUACUGCAAAUACUAUGGCCUCAAGAGUGAAAAUGUUGUCGCAGUAACCAGUGGGGCUAACAUGAAUUUUGAUAGAUUGCGAUUGGUAACUGAACUUGCUGAUGUUGGUAGGAAACGUGAGGCUGUCCUUGCAACUUAUAUGCUAGAGGAGACUGGAAGCUUCAAACAAUUUUGUGAACUGAUAGGCCCAAUGAAUAUCACCGAGUUCAAAUAUAGAUAUGAUACCACUAAAAACGAGGCUCUCGUUCUGUACAGUGUUGGCCUUCAUACAGUUUCUGAGCUGACAGCAAUGGUGAACCGGAUGGAAUCAUGUCAACUUCGAACCAUUAAUCUCACAACUAAUGACUUGGUGAAAGAUCAUCUACGACAUCUGAUGGGUGGUAGAUCAAAUGUUCAAGAUGAGCUAAUUUGUCGAUUUGUCUUCCCAGAGAGACCUGGUGCUCUGGUGAAAUUUCUUGAUACCUUCAGCCCACGUUGGAACAUUAGUUUGUUCCAUUACCGUGCACAGGGUGAAACUGGUGCCAAUGUUUUGGUUGGCAUUCAAGUUCCAAGUUCUGAGAUGUAUGAAUUCCGGGUGUGUGUUGAUAAUCUUGGUUAUGAAUACACGGAUGAAAUGAGCAAUGCUGCAUUUAGGCUUUUGAUGCAGUGAACAGAUUCGUGCAUUAUCACAUAUAUAAUGCUCUUGAACUGAUUAGCUCAGCAUCCUAUGCCAAUUAGGUUUCACUCGAAGCUAUUUAUCCGUUCAUAAAAAGGGAAUGCAGUGCUUUUUAUUUGCAUCCCAUGUUUUUCUCCCGUCUUAGCUGUAUUUGUUGUAUCUGCAGGUGUUGUCUAAUAUAAUGAAUUAGCUAGGUUUCAUCCCUUCCGACUCUUGUCAUAUAACCGAUUAUCUAUUAUAUGUGUAACCUGGAACUCUUUCUCGUCAUUUGUACUUCAACUGCAAAUUCAAUUGGCAAGAGUUCCAUUUUCGGUUAUGGCUUUAACUUGUUCA